AUGACCACCGCCACUACCCGGCCGCCCCUCCACUCUCUCCGGCCACUGCGCCGCCGCCACGCCAACCGCCUCUUUGCAGCGGUCUACGCGGUGGCCGUAUUCUGUCUCCUCCGCCACCACACGCACGCCAUCCUCACCUCAACCACCGCUUUCUCUCUCCUCGUCUCCUUCUCUCUCCUAAUCUCCGACCUCCUCCUGGCCUACAUGUGGUCCACCACUCAGGCCUACCGCAUGAACCCGGUCGUCCGGGAAGAGUUCCCGGAGAACCUCGAGAAGGUCCUCGACCGGAGGGAUUUUCCGGCGACGGACGUGUUCAUUUGCACGGCGGACCCGCACAAGGAGCCGCCGGUCACGGUCGUGAACACGGCCCUUUCGGUGAUGGCGUACGAUUAUCCGGCCGAGAAGUUGUCGGUGUAUGUGUCGGACGACGGCGGGUCGGAGCUGACCGUGUUUGCGCUGAUGGAGGCGGCCAAGUUCGGGAAGCGGUGGUUGGCCUUCUGCCGGGAGAAUGACGUGGCGGACCGGAGCCCCGGAGCUUAUUUCGGGUCGGGCUGUGAUUUGACUUCUGAGGCUGAGGAAAUUAAGAUUAUGUAUGAGAACAUGAAGAUGAAAGUGGAGAAUGUGGUGGAAAGAGGUAAAGUAUGUGAGGAAUAUAUUACAAGUCAAGAUGAGCGAAGAGUAUUGGAACAAUAUUGGGCCCAAGAUUUUACCCGCCGUAACCACCCAACUAUAAUUAAGAUCUUAUUGGACUCCAAAAGUGAUAGGGAUGUUAGAGGUGAGCCCAUGCCCAAUCUCAUCUACGUAUCCAGACAAAAGAGUCCAAACAGCCCACAUCAUUUCAAGGCCGGAGCCCUCAACACUUUGCUCCGAGUUUCCGCUAGUAUGACCAACUCGCCGAUAAUUUUGACAUUGGACUGUGAUAUGUAUUCGAAUGACCCUCGGACGGUCCAAAGGGCCUUGUGUUAUCUUCCAGAUAAAUCGGGCAGGCCCAAUUGUGGGUACGUCCAAUUUCCACAACGUUUUUGUGGGCUAAACAAGGCUGACAUAUAUUCUAGCGAGCACAAGCGUUUGUUUCUAUGUAACCCAAUCGGCAUGGAUGGGCUUAAUGGGCCUAGUUACGUUGGGACUGGCUGCUUUUUCCGACGUCGCAUUUUCUUUGGCAGCCCAUCAAAGUACAUACAACCAGAAAUUCCAGAGUUGGGCCCAGACUACGUUGUAGGAAAGCCUAUUGAUAGUGAGGAAGUUUUGAAGCUGGCCCAUCGUGUUGCCGAUUGCACUUAUGAGGACCAAACGAAAUGGGGUUCCAAGCUAGGCUUUCGAUAUGGGUCGUUGGUGGAGGAUUAUUAUACGGGCUAUCGACUGCAAUGUGAGGGCUGGCAGUCCAUAUUUUGUAAUCCAAGCAGGCCUGCAUUUUUGGGAGAUGUGCCCAUCUCUCUUCUUAAUGUCCUGAACCAGAACAGAAGAUGGUCUAUUGGGCUUUUGGAGGUGGCCUUUUCCAAGUACAGCCCAUUAACAUUCGGCAUAAAGUCUAUGGGAAUCUUAAUGGGCCAAUCUUACGCACACUACGCCUUCUGGCCCAUUUGGGCAUUCCCGAUAAUUGUCUACGCCUUCAUCCCCUCACUCACCCUUCUCCAUGGAGUUCCCAUUUUCCCAAAGGUGGACGAGCCUACGUUCUUAUUGUAUUUGUUUCUAUUCGUUGGGGCCUACACGCAAGACUGUUUUGAUUUCAUCUUCACACAAGGCACGCUACUAACGUGGUGGAGUGACCAACGGAACUGGCUAUUGAGGGGACUCUCGAGUUACCUAUUCGGGUUCAUAGAGUACGUGACCAACCUUCUAGGCCUGGCCACAAGUGGGUUCCACCUGACAGACAAGGUCUUGGACGACGAGCUAAGCAAAAGAUAUGACCAAGGAAUGUUCGAGUUUGGGGUUGCGUCACCCAUGUUUGUCCCACUAGCAACUGCGGCCAUUAUAAACCUAGUCGCCUUUGUUGGUGGGUUCUCGCGCACUUUUGUGAACGGGAGCUUUGGUACUUUUUUCGUGCAGAUUUUUGUUGCAGGUUUUGGGGUCGUGAAUGCUUUGCCAAUAUAUGAGGCCAUGGUUUUGAGACACGACAAUGGGAGGAUGCCGGGUAGGGUCACGAUAACAUCUGCAAUUCUUGUCGGGGCUCUCUAUGGGGUUGCGUCUCUUUUUGCAUAA